ACAUUCCAACAAUGAGGAGAACAAACAUGUUGGAAUCGUUGGAAUAUAUACCACAUUCAAUCUGUGCACUACUUUGAGAAUCGUUGAAUCUUCGUUUCGCCACAUUUCUAACCGGUUCAAAAGUAUUCGUCUUUCACCGUAUCAUCAUUUCGCGUCCAAACGUUGACAAAUAAAUUACUUGUGGAAUGUGCUACUCGUUGCAAGUACUAUCGAUAAGCCUAAUUAUCGCACUGCUCGCUUCGACAUGCAGUUGCCUAUGUAACGGAACGGAAUCCUCGGAAGAGAUGUCCUGUGAUGUUCAUUCGCGGGUUAAACGAUAUCUAACCUUCGUCGUCAACGGAGGCACUGCCAAGAUAGUUGCCGGUGGAGUCUUCCCAGUGUUCUUUCACCAUAAACUGAAGAGAAGUUUGAACGCGGCCAUGAACCUACAGGCAAACUACGCAAUCCCUGCGGAUAUAAUCUGGCCCGUGCCGGAGAAUAUUUUCAAGGAACGGAUCAACAAUGACUUCACGGAUAACAGCAGGCCGCAGCUUUAUCGAUUGCUGGAACAGAUCAUCGACAGCUGGGGAAGAAAUGGACGUACUUGUCUGCUGAGAACGAUCUGCGAAUCGGCGGAGACUCCACUCUCCCACAAUGGAAUGUUUGGUGAAAUAUUGGAUGUGAUAUUUACACCAAGUGAUUCAGAUGCCAUCGAUAAUGAAUACUUCAUGGCACGGAAAUACGGUUUGCACGGAGUGAGCUGCUCAGGAGUAUAUAAAGAGUGUCCGGAUGGUCAUGGUCUAUUAGACACUAUCAGUUCGGUACUUACACAGAAAAUAAUGAUCGACUGAAUUUGCACACAUUUGGGCUAGAGUGGGUGUGAAAGGAAUUCACAGUUAAAUUGUAUCACUUUCAACUAUCGAUAAUAUUUCGCCUUUUGGGUCAAAUACACUUAAUUCUGUUUUUCACGAUUAUA